UCAACCAGAGCCACGGCAGCCGCCGGACUGGGACCAGCACAUCCCAGUUUACCUCGCCCCACCAGUGCCUGCGUCCCACUGGCUGGCAGGGCUGAGCAGCACCAGCACGCCAUGAAGCAAGGCUGAGAGGAGCUUGGAAGUGGAAAAUCCUGGGAAAAGCAGCUGGGUUUUUUGAGAAGGUGCUCUGAAACAAAGGGAAUUCAAGGAGGAAAACUCGGCUAAAGGGCCAAGAUGAGGGAACAGCCACAUGUGCCCUGGGUGGCAGUGUUUGGCUUCCUACUCUCAGGCUGUUGCUGGGUUCGUGGCCAGCAGCAAGCAGCUGAAGAGUCUGCUGACCUUAUAUUCCUUCUUGACGGAUCAAACCACAUCGGAAGUGCCCAUUUUCCAGCCAUCCGUGAUUUCCUUGUAGAUUUGAUUGCCAGCCUCCCAGUUGGAGCUCAGCAGAUCCGCGUUGGGGUGGUGCAGUAUAGCCAGCAAGCCAGAACCGAGCUAGCCUUGAACAGCUUCUCCACCAAAGCAGAUGUGCUGGAUGCAGUCAAGGCCCUUGGCUUCCUCGGGGGGGAGGAAGCCAACACUGGUGCAGCUCUGGAGUUUGUGGUGGAGAACCUCUUCACCCAGGCAGGAGGCAGCAGGCUAGAGGAAGCGGUGCCUCAGAUUUUGGUGCUGAUCAGUGGUGGAGAGUCUAGUGAUGAUGUCAGAGAGGGCUUGUUGGCUGUGAAGCAAGCUAGGAUCUUCUCCUUUAGCAUUGGGGUGCUGAGUGCUGACAGGGCUGAGCUGCAGCAGAUUGCUACUGAUGGGAGCUUCGCUUUUACUGCCCUGGACAUCCGUAACCUUGAUGCUCUCCGGGAGCUGCUACUGCCCAACAUUGUUGGAGUGGCCCAAAGGCUCAUUUUGUUAGAGGCCCCAACCAUUGUGACUGAAGUUAUUGAGGUGAACAAGAAGGACAUAGUCUUCCUGAUCGAUGGCUCAACUGCUCUGGGCACUGGCCCCUUUAACUCAAUCCGUGACUUCGUUGCCAAGAUUGUCCAGAGGCUGGAGGUUGGCCCAGACCUGAUCCAGGUGGCUGUGGCUCAGUAUGCUGACACAGUGAAGCCAGAGUUUUAUUUCAACACCCACCAGAGCAGGAAAGACGUGAUGGCCAACGUGAAGAGGAUGAAGCUGAUGGGUGGCACGGCCCUCAACACUGGCUCAGCGCUGGACUUUGUGAGGAAAAACUUCUUCACAAGUGCUGCUGGCUGCAGGGUGGAGGAAGGGGUGCUCCCCAUGCUGGUGCUUAUCACGGGGGGUAAGUCCAGGGAUGCUGUGGACCAGGCUGCAGCAGAGAUGAAAAGGAACAGGAUUGUCACCCUGGCCAUUGGCUCAAGAAAUGCCGACAUGGCAGAACUCCAGGAAAUUGCCCACGAGAGGGAUUUUGUCUUCAACCCCAAUGACUUUCGUGUUCAGUUCAUGCAAGCCAUCCUUCCUGAGGUGCUCUCACCCAUCCGGACCCUCUCUGGAGGAAUGAUUAUCUCAGAACCACCAUCAGUUGAAGUAAGCCAAAGGGAUAUCAUCUUCCUUGUGGAUGGAUCACUCCAGGUCGGAGAUGCCAACUUCCCCUUUGUGCGGGACUUUGUUGCCACCCUAGUUAACUCCCUCGAUGUCGGCAGCGACAAAACCCGCGUGGGUUUAGUGCAAUUUAGUGACACUGCUCAGACCGAGUUCUCUCUCUCCUCCUACCACACCCGAGCUGACAUCACCCACCACCUGGGCCAGCUGAGGCCCCGAGGGGGGUCGGUGCUGAACAUGGGCUCUGCCCUCCAGUUCGUGCUCUCCAAUCACUUCACGGAAGCUGGUGGGAGCAGGAUCAAUGCCCAGGUGCCCCAAGUCCUAGUGCUGGUGACAGCAGGAAGGUCUGCUGAGCCCUUCCUGCAAGUGGCAAAUCAAUUAGCUCGGGCUGGAGUGCUGACCUUUGCUGUUGGAGUUAGGAGUGCUGAUAAGGCAGAGCUGGAGCAGAUUGCCUUUAAUCCCAGGAUGGUGUAUUUGGUGGAUGAUUUCAGUGCUCUGACAGCUUUACCCCAGGAGUUAACUAAGCCCAUCACAACAUAUGUUAGUGGAGGUGUGGAAGAGGUUCCACUCGCCCCAACAGAAAGCAAGAAAGAUAUUUUAUUCCUACUUGAUGGCUCAGCAAACCUCUUGGGUAGCUUCCCUGCUGUCCGGGACUUUGUCCACAAAGUCAUUUCUGACCUGGACGUGGGCUCUGAUGCUACACGAGUGGCUGUGGCUCAGUUCAGUGACACCAUCCAAGUGGAAUUUGACUUUGCCGAGCUUCCAUCGAAGCAGGACAUGCUGCUGAAGGUGAAGAGGAUGAAGAUAAAAACAGGGAAGCAGCUCAACAUCGGAGCGGCGCUGGAUGAAGCCAUAAGAAGGCUGUUUGUGAAGGAAGCUGGGAGCAGGAUUGAAGAAGGAGUUCCUCAGUUUUUGGUCCUCCUCGCUGCUGGGCAAUCAACCGACGAGGUGGAGCAACCAUCAGACGCUCUGAAGCAAGCUGGAGUGGUGACCUUUGCCAUCAAAGCCAAGAACGCCGACCCCAGUGAGCUGGAACGCAUCGCUUAUGCCCCACAAUUCAUCCUCAACGUCGAGUCCCUCCCUCGCAUUGCUGAGCUGCAGCCAAACAUAGUCAGCCUGCUGAGAACCAUCCAGCUUCAACCAGCAGUUGAGAGAGGUGAGAAGAAGGACGUGGUGUUUCUCCUCGACGGCUCGGAUGGUGUCAGAAGAGGUUUCCCUCUCCUGAAGACCUUUGUCCAAAGAGUGGUGGAAAGCCUGGAUGUCGGCCGCGACAAGGUCCGCGUCGCCGUCGCGCAGUACAGCAACAGCAUCCGGCCUGAGUUCUUGCUGGACUCCUAUGAGGACAAGGCAGAUCUCCUCAGUGCCAUCCAGGAGCUGAAGGUGUUGGGAGGAUCUCCUCUCAACACUGGAGCAGCCCUCGACUACCUCAUCAAGAACGUCUUCACGGUGUCGAGCGGCAGCAGGAUUGCCGAGGGCGUCCCGCAGUUCCUCAUCCUGCUGACCGCCGACCGCUCCCAGGACGAUGUGAGGAGGCCCUCGGUGGUCCUGAAGACCAGUGGCACGGUGCCCUUUGGCAUUGGGAUUGGGAACGCCGAUCUCACGGAGCUGCAGACCAUUUCCUUCCUGCCGGAUUUUGCCAUCUCUGUGCCUGACUUCAGCCAGCUGGAGACGGUGCAGCAGGUGGUCUCCAACAGAGUCAUCCGCCUGACCAAGAAGGAGAUCCAGUCACUUGCCCCUGAUCUGGUUUUCACAUCACCCAGCCCAGCUGGUGUGAAGAGGGACGUGGUGUUCCUGGUGGAUGGCUCCCGCUAUGCUGCCCAGGAGUUCUACCUCAUCCGCGACCUCAUUGAGAGGAUCGUCACCAACCUGGACGUGGGCUUCGACACCACCCGCGUCUCUGUGGUCCAGUUCAGUGAGCACCCCCACGUGGAGUUCCUCCUCAAUGCCCACUCCACCAAGGACGAGGUGCAGGGCGCUGUCAGGCGGCUGAGGCCACAGGGUGGCCAGCAGGUCAACGUGGGGGAGGCCCUUGAGUUCGUGGCCAAAACCAUCUUCACCCGGCCCUCCGGGAGCCGCAUCGAGGAGGGUGUCCCUCAGUUUCUGGUCAUCCUGUCCUCCCGCAAGUCCGAUGAUGACCUGGAGUACCCAUCCCUCCAAGUCAAACAAGUGGGGGUGGCACCGAUGGUGGUGGCCAAGAAUAUGGAUCUUGAGGAGAUGGUGCAGAUUUCCCUUAGUCCUGAUUAUGUCUUCCAAGUCUCCAGCUUCCAGGAGCUGCCCAGCCUGGAGCAGAAGCUGCUGACUCCUAUCGAGACCCUGACUGAGGACCAGAUCAGACGGCUGCUGGGAGAUGUGCAGGUCCCCGAAAGUGUUCCUGGUGAGGAGAAGGACGUCGUGUUCCUCAUCGACAGCUCAGAUGCGGUCAGGCCCGACGGGCUGGCCCACAUCCGGGAUUUCAUCAGCAGGAUUGUGCAGCAGCUGGAAGUUGGGCCCAACAAGGUGCGGGUGGGCGUGGUGCAGUUCAGCAGUAACGUCUUCCCUGAGUUCCAACUCAAGACCCACAAGUCCAAAAAUGCUGUCCUGCAAGCCAUCCGCCGCCUCAGGCACCGAGGUGGGUCCCCGGUCAAUGCUGGCAAAGCCCUGGACUACGUGGUGAAGAACUACUUCAUCAAGUCUGCUGGGAGCAGGAUAGAAGAUGGAGUGCCCCAGCACCUUGUGGUCAUCCUUGGAGACCGCUCCCAGGAUGAUGUCAACAGGCCUGCGAACGUCAUCACCUCAACCAGCAUUCAACCCUUGGGUGUUGGAGCCAGGAAUGUGGACAGGAACCAGCUGCAAGUCAUCACCAACAAUCCUGAGAGGGUGCUGGUGGUGCAGGACUUCACGGAGCUCCAAACUUUAGAAAAGACAGUGCAGAGUAUUCUUGAACAGCUUCCCAUACCUACAACAGAAACCCCUGGGAUUUUAGGACCUGGAAGUAAGAAGCAAGCUGACAUCGUGUUCUUGCUGGAUGGCUCCAUCAACCUCAGUAGGGACAACUUCCAAGAAGUUCUCCAGUUUGUCUACUCUGUGGUGGAUGCCAUUUACAGGGAGGGUGACUCCAUCCAGGUGGGUCUGGUCCAGUACAACUCAGAUGUCACUGAUGAGUUUUUCCUCAAGGACUAUUCCACCAAAGCUGAGAUCUUAGAUGCCAUCAACAAAGUUGUCUACAAAGGUGGCCGGGUGGCAAACACUGGAGCAGCCAUCAAGCACAUCCAGGAAAAGCACUUUGUCAAGGAGGCUGGCAGCCGAAUCGACCAGAGGGUGCCCCAGAUUGCCUUCAUCAUCACAGGUGGGAAGUCCUCAGAUGAUGGGCCAAGUGCCUCCUUGGAGAUUGCCCAGAAAGGCGUAAAAGUCUUUGCCGUGGGCGUGAGGGACAUCGACCUGAAGGAAGUCAGCAGGCUGGCCAGUGAGAGUGCCACGAGUUUCAGAGCAGCCACAGCCCAGGAGCUGUCUGAGCUGAAUGAGCAGGUCCUGGUGACACUGGAAGCUGCCAUGGAGGAGAAAUUGUGUCUAGGCACAUCAGAUGUCACAAGAGAUUGUGACCUAGAUGUCAUCCUUGGUUUUGAUGUCACGGAUGUUGGCCCUGGCCAAAACAUCUUCACCUCCCAGCGAGGUCUGGAGUCCCGAGUGGAGACCGUGCUGAACAGAAUAACUCAAAUGCAGAAGAUCAGCUGCACAGGCAACCAGGCACCCAACGUCAGGGUGGCCAUCAUGGCCCAGGCUCGGGGGGGACCUGUGGAGGGCCUGGACUUCUCCGAGUACCAGCCUGAGCUCUUUGAGAGGUUCCAAGGCAUGCGCAGCCGUGGGCCCUACUUCCUCACUGCAGACACCCUGAGGUCCUACCUCAACAAAUUCAGGUCCACGCCCUCUGGGAGCACCAAGGUCAUCAUCCAUUUUACGGACGGGGCAGAUGACUCCAUGGAUCAGCUGGAAGCUGCUUCAUCUGCUUUGCAUGCAGAAGGUGUCCAUGCUCUCCUCUUGGUGGGGCUGGACCGGGUGGCCAACUUUGACCGGGUGAUGCAGCUGGAGUUUGGUCGGGGCUUCACCUACAACCGGCCCCUACGGGUGAAUCUCCUGGACCUGGACUUCGAGCUGGCCGAGCAGCUGGACACCAUCGCCGAGAGGACGUGCUGCAAGGUCCCGUGCAAGUGUUCCGGGCAGCGAGGGGACAGGGGCGUGCCCGGCCCCGUGGGACCCAAGGGUGCCACAGGUGACCUUGGCUAUGGAGGCUAUCCUGGUGACGAGGGAGGACCGGGCGAGCGGGGACCACCAGGUGCCAACGGGACACAAGGUUUCCAGGGCUGCCCUGGCCACAGAGGAACCAAGGGUUCUCGGGGAUUCCCAGGAGAGAAGGGUGAACUGGGAGAAAUGGGUCUGGAUGGCAUUGAUGGAGAAGAGGGAGACAAGGGCUUGCCUGGCUCCUCUGGAGAGAAGGGAUACUCUGGCAGGAGGGGUGAUAAGGGAGUAAAAGGAGAACGAGGAGAACGAGGCGACCGUGGGCUCCGUGGAGACCCGGGAGACUCAGGAGCUGACAAUACCCAGCGGGGACUCAAAGGCCAAAAGGGUGAAAUUGGACCCAUGGGAGAGCUGGGACUGGAGGGGGUGGCCGGCCAAGCUGGUGGAGCUGGGAGGAAGGGGAUGACAGGACGAAGGGGACCCAUAGGAGUUAAGGGUACCAAGGGUGCGCUGGGCCAAGCAGGACCAGCAGGAGAACAAGGCAUGAGAGGACCACAGGGGCCAUCAGGCCAGCAGGGCACACCAGGCAUCAGAGGAGAGCAGGGAGUUCCUGGACCCAGGGCUGGUGGUGGACCACCAGGAACCCCAGGAGAACGGGGCAGGAUUGGUCCCCUAGGGCGAAAGGGAGAGCCUGGAAACCCUGGACCGAAAGGGCCAAAUGGACAGCAAGGUCCACGAGGAGAGAUGGGUGAUGAUGGACGAGAUGGAAUUGGUGGCCCAGGUCCUAAAGGCAGGAAGGGAGAACGUGGCUUCCUUGGCUACUCAGGACCCAAGGGUGGACCUGGGGAUCGUGGUGUUGCUGGAGGCCCCGGCCCUAAAGGAAACAGAGGCCGCAGAGGAAAUGCAGGAGAUCCUGGGACACCUGGUCAGAAAGGAGAGGUUGGAUACCCUGGACCAUCUGGGCUGAAAGGUGACAAAGGAGAGUCCAGAGAUCAAUGCGCCCUGGUGAGGAACAUCAAGGACAAAUGCCCUUGCUGCUAUGGUCCCAAGGAGUGUCCUGUCUUCCCCACUGAGCUGGCCUUCGCUAUCGACACCUCCUCUGGGGUGGGGAGGGAGGUUUUCAACAGGAUGAAGCAAACUGUCCUCAGAGUGGUCAACAACUUAACCAUUGCCGAGAGCAACUGUCCUCGGGGGGCCCGGGUGGCCCUGGUCACCUACAACAACGAGGUCACCACCGAGAUCCGCUUUGCCGAUGCCAGGAAGAAAUCCAGCCUCCUCCAGCAGAUCCAAAACUUCCAGGCCACCCUGACCACAAAGCCACGUAGCCUGGAGAUUGCCAUGUCCUUUGUGGCCAGGAACACCUUCAAACGGGCCCGAAGUGGCUUCCUGAUGAGGAAGGUGGCUGUCUUCUUCAGCAAUGGAGAAACCAGAGCCUCUCCACAGCUCAGCGAGGCCGUGCUGAAGCUCUACGACGCUGGGGUCAUGCCCGUGUUUCUCACCAGCAGGACAGACCCAGUUCUCACCCGAGCUCUGGAGAUCAACAACACAGCGGUGGGACAUGCCAUUGUCCUCCCAGCCAACGUCAACCAGCUGAAUGAAACCAUCAGGAGGCUUCUGACAUGCCACAUCUGCCUGGAUGUGUGUGAGCCUGAUCCUGCCUGUGGCUUCGGUGCCCAGCGCCCCGUAUUCAGGGACAGAAGAGCAGCCCCAACAGAUGUAGACACUGACAUGGCCUUCAUCAUGGACAGCUCGGAGUCCACCACCCCCCUGCAGUUCCAUGAGAUGAAGAAGUACAUUUCCCACCUGGUCAGCAACCUGGAGAUCAGCUCAGAGCCCCGAGCAGCUCAGCACCACGCGAGGGUAGCAGUUCUCCAGCAAGCUCCUUAUGAACAUCAGACCAACUCCACCUUCCCCCCAGUCCAAACCGAGUUUUCCCUGACGGAUUAUGGCUCCAAGGAGAAGAUCAUCAACUACCUCCACAACCAGAUGACCCAGCUCCAUGGCACCAGGGCCACGGGCAGGGCAGUGGAGCACACAAUAGCUCACGUGUUCGAGAGUGCCCCAAGCCCCCGAGACCUCAAAGUCAUCAUCCUGAUGAUGACUGGGAAAGUGGAGCAGCAGGAACUCCAGCACCUGCAGAAGGUUGUGAUGGAUGCAAAAUGCAAAGGCUACUUCUUUGUUGUCCUGGCCAUUGGCAGGAAGGUGGAUCCCAAGGACAUCUACAGCCUGGCCAGCGAGCCAAAUGAUGUCUUCUUCAAGCUGGUUGACAAGCCAGGAGAGCUCCACGAGGAGCCCUUGCUGCGCUUCGGGAGGCUGCUGCCAUCUUUCAUCAGAAGUGACUUUGCUUUCUACCUGUCGCCAGAGAUGAAGAAACAGUGUGAGUGGUUCCAGAGUGACCAGCAAGCCAAGAGCUCCAGGCCACAAGUAGUGUCGGUGCCACCCAACGUGACAGUGACCCUGGGUGGCAGCACCAAGGGCCCCGUGAGCUCCACCACCCGUGCCAGAGCCACCCCUGCCAGCUCCACAGCCCAGCCCAGAGCCACCCACCAGCCCAUGGCCACCACCCUGGGCCAGGGGAACACCACGGCCGGCACCAAAGCCUCCGGCCGCUCCGGCGCUGCAGCCACCACAGGAGGUGGCAGGAGGAGACAAGCGAAGCCCCAGGAGAUCCAGAUCACUGAGGUCACUGAGAGCAGCGCCAGGCUGCGCUGGGCCAGCCCCGAGCCAACCAGCACCUACACCUUUGAUGUCACCAUCACCUCAGCUCAGGACCACUUGCUGGUGCAGAAGCAGAACCUGACCAGCACUGAGCACCUUGUCCAAGGACUCGCCAGUGGUCAGAAAUACCUCGUGGCCAUCACUGGCUUCCAGAAGUCCCAACCCAAGGUCACCUACACAGGGACCUUCAGCACAAAGACCCCAGCACAGCACAAGGUCUCCUUGGCCAACAUGAUGCUCAACACCGAGCCCCUGGAAGGGCCUGAAAGUGUGCCAGAGGUGUGCUGGCUGCAGAAGGACGAGGGUCCCUGCAGGAAGUUCGUGCUCCAGUGGCACUACGACCCCACCACCCGGAGCUGCGCGCGCUUCUGGUACGGCGGCUGCGGGGGCAACGAGAACAGGUUCCCCAGCCAGAAGGAGUGUGAGAGGCUCUGUGUCCCAGGUACCAUCAACCCUGGUGUGGUGACCACAAUAGGAACAUAGAGCUUGGUGGCCACACCUCUGGGACAUCAGGAUCAUCCCCCUCCAGAAGCCAAGGGUACAGAUGACCUUCCAUUCUCCCAUCCCAUGCUUUUCACUCCCAAGAAAACCUUGGAGAAAGGGAUUUCUCCUCCUUGACCUACCAACAAUGGUGCUAAAAACUCUUGGUGGACUCUGGCAGGGUUGGAUGGAGCUGCAACCAAAUGGUACCAAAGAUCUCCCCCUUUUCUGCCCAGGGCACCUUAAAACGAGACCAAAACCACCAAAAAUGAGACAAAACACUUUUAAAAAUAAGAUUAAAACCAUCAGAAAUGAUAUUAAAACCAUCAACAAAGAGACAAAAGCCACCAAAACUGAGACCCAACCCUCCUUGUUUUACCCUUGCUCUUCUUCUCCUCCCAAGAAUACAAUUUCGGGGGGAAAAUGGGGAAUUUUUUUCUCUUUCUGUGGCAGGAAUUUUAUCCAAAGAACUUUUAAAUAAAAUCUAAUGGAGGUUUUGAGAAA